CCACUCCCACGCCACUGGACGUGGACCAUGUCCUUACGACAUUAAUUUCUGGAGCUAACUUUGGAGCUCAUCCGCUGGUACCCAGCCAUGCGUCUUUACGCGUGGUUGUUCCUUUAAGAAAACUGAAUGAAGAAUGAAUUUGAGCCGCUCCGCACUGACGUAAGGGAGCUGGAGAGGUUGGUGUCCCUGCAGCAAGAGGCAGAUAACCGUGAUGAGGACCAGGCUGGAGCAACAGGAAUUUUUAGCAUUUUGUUUUCCCCUCAGCCGUCUAGUGUGUUUUAUUAUCCCUACACUUAAAUCCGGUGUUUAGUUGGACUCCCUUGAAUUUCUCUAUGCCCAUGUAACGGUUUCGAUUUCGGACCUCCGCCCUUUUCUGUACACACCGGGGAGGUUUUAUAGAUUGCAUACGACAUUUUUCUCGUACAGUGUCCAAAGUGGGUCUAGAUGUUCUGUCGGGAAGUACAAAAGUCCUCUGGACAUUCGCGGAUGGAAUAAGAUGACACUAGAUAUUUUCUGUGGCAGAGCCUGGUGACAUUUGCUUUGCACCACUGUUGGCUUUUUACAUAUAAAAAAAAAAAAAAAAAAAAAAUGCAUCAUAACCAGGAGGAGCAGUCGGGAAAUCCAAUUAUUGCGCAGCACGGGACAGCGCACCUCAGUGACUCCAGCAGCCUGGGCUGCGGCCUCACUGACCUCCAGCCACCUGCUUAUUCUAAACUGGAUUUUAGGAAAAAUGCAGUGACAGAUGACUAUAAAAUCACAGCUCAGGUCCUCGGGCUGGGAAUCAAUGGCAAAGUGCUGGAAUGUUAUUGCAAGACGACGGGAGAGAAAUGUGCACUAAAGAUUCUGUAUGAUACUCCUAAAGCCCGACGGGAGGUAGAGCUGCACUGGCGGGUGUCUGGAGGUCCCCACAUCGUCCCAAUACUCAGCCUGUAUGAGAACAUGCACAAGGGGAAGAAAUGCCUCCUCAUCAUAAUGGAGUGUAUGGAGGGAGGGGAGCUGUUCAGUCGCAUUCAAGCCAGAGGGGACCAGGCCUUCACAGAAAGAGAGGCAUCAGAGAUCAUGCAUGACAUUGGCACUGCCAUUGAGUACCUCCACCACAUGGAUAUUGCUCACAGAGAUGUUAAGCCAGAAAACCUGCUCUACACCACCAAGGAGAGUAACGCCACACUAAAACUGACCGACUUUGGCUUUGCGAAGGAGACGACACUGCACAACUCCCUCCAAACGCCCUGCUACACUCCAUAUUAUGUUGCCCCAGAAGUGCUUGGGCCAGAGAAAUAUGACAAAUCAUGUGACAUGUGGUCUUUGGGCGUAAUCAUGUACAUUCUUCUGUGCGGGUUUCCUCCGUUCUACUCAAACACAGGUCAGGCCAUCUCUCCGGGCAUGAAGCAGAGGAUCAGGUUGGGCCAGUAUGAGUUCCCCAACCCUGAGUGGGCUGAUGUGUCCGAGGAAGCCAAACAGCUGAUCAUUCAGUUACUGAAGACAGACCCCAAUGAAAGGAUGACAAUUGGACAGUUCAUGAACCAUCCCUGGAUUAGUCAGUCAAUGGUGGUCCCUCCAACACCCCUUCACACCUCACGUGUUUUGACCGAGGACAAGGAGCUGUGGGAAGAUGUGAAGGAGGAAAUGACCACUGCCCUCGCCACCUUGCGUGUGGACUACAGCCAGGUGAAGAUCAAAGACCUGGACAGGUCCAACAACCCUCUGCUCAACAAGAGACGCAAGAGGCCCAUGCCCGGAGGUCCCGAUAGAGGAGAACAAGCUGAUUGAGGAGACAUUGAUGGAGGAGUGGUGUGUAAUAGUCACAGAGAAGUGACAUUUUCUGAAGAAGAUGGGUAAAUUAAUAUUGCACAAAAGGAGCAUAAAAGCCAGAGUGAGCUAUUUUUUCCCGUCCGUCCGUCGUAUUUUACUUACCUUUUCUCCUUUUUCAUAUCACUGCACUCAAUAGUAUAAUGAUUGUCAUUUAUUUUGAUUGGCACUACUCUUAACAUUUUAAAUAAAAUUGUGUUUUUUAUGUUUUA